CGGGGGGUGCACCUCUCGGUGUCCGACACUGGUGGUUGCUGCUUGAGAGGAAAGUGCUGCUGCUGCGGUGGUGCGACGUGGAAAGACAGAAUGACACUUAUGUCUUUUAAAAUCCAGCGACACCAUGAGAACAGACUGUCAGUCUCCAGCAGGAUCUAACUAUGAUAUGUAGCACAUCAGCGAUCAACUGAGUCACCACUUGAAGAACAAGUCGACAACAUGGACGGGGGCUUGACUGUCACUUUGAUAUCGGUUGUGAUGUUUGUAGGUACUUUUGUACUUGGAUUCCUCCCACUGUUGUUCAGACUUAAUGAGAAAAGCCUGCGGUUUGUCUCCAUCCUGGGGGCAGGACUCCUGUGUGGGACAGCACUGGCUAUCACCAUCCCUGAGGGAGUGGGCUUACUGGAAGAGUCAUGGAGAGUGUCCUCCUCCUCUGAUGAGCCAUCCGGUCUGAAUGCCAGCGAAAAAAAACAAAAUGCAACUUCCACAGAGAGAGGCCUUCCACCUCGGUUCUUCAUCGGUGUGGCUUUAACUUUCGGCUUCACCUUCAUGUUUGUGGUUGAUCAGAUCGGAAGUUACUUCUCCAUGCGUGGCCGAGCGACUCGUUUGCCUAACAGUGUCGGCAUCACAGCCACUUUGGGGCUGGUCAUUCAUGCGGCAGCUGACGGAUUCGCUGUGGGUGCAGCUGUGGCCACGGGGCAAGUGACAGUGCAAGUUAUAGUAUUUUUUGCUGUGAUUUUACACAAGGCGCCUGCAGCUUUUGGUUUGGUCUCCUUUCUGAUGCAUGCAGGCCUUGAGAAGAAGUACAUCCAGGGACAUUUGCUGGCCUUUUCAGCUGCAGCACCUGUACUUGCCAUCACCACUUACUUCAUAUUACAUGCGUCUGGCAGUUCAUCUCAGAAGCAGCUCAGUGCGACAGGCUUGGGAAUGCUCUUCUCGGCUGGGACCUUCCUCUAUGUGGCCACAGUGCACGUUCUCCCCGAGAUCAGCAGCAGCAGCAGGACGGGCCAACCCCCCUCUAACCUCCAGCUUCACACUGGAGCCGAGGCGCACCAUCAGCGACACAUGGGGCUCCUGGAGAGCCUCACUUUGAUCCUCGGGGUCGGGCUCCCGAUGCUGCUGGCUCUCGGGCUGCAGGACGACUGAGAAAGAAAGGGCUAUUAAGUGUAGUGCAAAGGGCACAGUGUCACCACGCCUGAAAAGAAAACGCCUGCCACUGUACAGUGUUCACUAUCUGUAUGGCACAAGGACUGAGUGCACAAACUGUUACUGGAAAGAGAGUUUAUUUUGCUGUGUUUUAGUCUCAGGGAAACUUGCUUUUGAGUCCAGCUUUUGUUUGUGUAUCAAAAGAGCUCUCCGGUAGCGCUAAAGAAUCUGAUAGCUAAUAUAUUUCCUGUGGGUGGACUGAGUUUCCAUUCCAAGACUGAAGAAGUGUGCCAUGUGUUGCCAAGUUUGAAUUCAAUAAGCUUUCUUAAGUCCCUUUCAGCGUCGUAUCACAAAGAUACUGAAAGUCUGAGAACAUGAUAUGUUCAAUAUUGAAAUCCCAGUAACUGGAUUUACAGGAACAACCAAAUCAUCUGAUACUGUAAGAGUUCUUAGACGCACAUUUUAAAAUAAUUUAGUUUGUUUGUUCGUAUAGUCAGGAGCUUGAAAACAGAACCGGACUUUCAGUCAAUGAGAGUUUUUGUCAGUACAACUGUGGAAGCCACUUGGAUGUGACAUGAGCAACGAUAUGUAGGAAGUCCAGCAGCUCUUUAAUUCAGUUAAAUAAAACACGGGUCACAGAAACAGGUGGCUGACGGACGGUAUUGUACAUAACUGGGGUUAUCAAGUGGGUAAUUCCAAUCACAGAUGUUUCACUGUCUGUCAAUUUAAAAAUCAGGGUUAUCUCUUGCAAUAAACACUGCUCAUGUUAUGAUGGCUUAUUCGACCGCUUAAAGUCUUGCUCUUUUUAGUUUUCCCCACACAACACAUUUUUUGUUGCAGUAGUAAACUACAGAACCAUGUUAAAUAAAGAUAUAGAAACAAGAUGUCAAUAUUAAAGGCACGUUACACUUUAAAGAAUGACCUAUUUAUUAAGAUGUAAUAAAACAUUAAAUACUACAAAGUCAUAAACACUGUACAUU